GAGUUGGACAUAACGUCGAGUCGGGCAAGGACUACACCGUCGACGGGCUUUCGGGCUUCAGCAAGAAGAAGAAGAAGAAGCGUCGUCAUAGGACGAUCUUCACGUCCCAGCAGCUGGACGAGCUGGAGGCCGCCUUCAAGGAGGCCCACUAUCCCGACGUCUACGCCCGGGAGAUGCUGAGCAUGCGGACCGAGCUACCCGAAGACAGGAUACAGGUGUGGUUCCAAAAUCGAAGGGCAAAGUGGCGCAAGACGGAGAAGUGCUGGGGCAGAAGUACCAUAAUGGCGGAGUACGGACUGUACGGAGCGAUGGUGCGACAUUCCCUGCCUCUUCCGGAGACGAUCCUGAAGAGUGCCAAGGAGAACGAGUCGGUCGCGCCCUGGUUACUCGCCCAGUCGUCUAAGACGAGCAGCCUUAGCCAAGAUUUCGAAAGUAACCAAGAACUGAUUGACUGUGGGCCCGUAGGGAUGCACCGAAAGUCGAUCGAGGCGGCGGAGCAUCUCAAGUCGGGGGGCGAGGACAGCGGAAACGACCACGCCGGAAGUGGCAGCAGCCCUCGACACAACCACCACCAGGGUGGACCCACCAGCUCCGAGAGUGGACAGGAAAGCCAGGACGGGAUGGGCCCCUCCUCCUCCACGGGUGUCGUCCAGGACACGGAGCAGCUAAGGAACGAGAGCAUCGCGUGUCUGCGAGCGAAAGCACAGCAGCAUCAGCUGCAGCUGAGCUUGCAACCCUCGGCUGCACCUGGGAAUGCAUCCUACCCCCCGGCCCCGCAAAGCGGCACCCUUCACGCCUCGGUGUAA